AUGGAAGGAGCGUCUGUGUCUUGCGCUGAUGUAGCUUCAUCGUUGGCACCUUCAAAAAAUGGCGAAAAUGAUUUAUUGACAACUCUCCAAUCACUUUCGAAAGAAGAACUUAUCCAAAAGAUUAUCAACACUUCUCGCUCACGCCAAGAAUUAAACAAAUCCAGUGAUAUAAAUGAACUGAAAGAACAGCUGAAGGUAGCGAAACGACGUGAAAAUCUAGCCGUUCUCCGGCUGGCCGUUAAAGAAAAGCAGUUCGAAGAAGUUAUGGCAGAACGUGAUUGGACACAUGAUAAGAAUGCUGCGGAUGUCAAUAAACUUGAUAACGCAAUGAUGGAUCAUUCGAUUGGAGUUGUGUUUGCUGCCAUGAGAAGUGAACUUCGAGCUUCGCGUAAAGAAGCAAAAUCAGCCAAACUGGAAUUGAAAAGUAUUAAAGCUCCGGCUGGCAAUGCAGAAAGCAAGAAAUUAGCGGCGAAAUGUAGGAGUCUAGAGGAGCAGUUGCUGGAAGCAAAAACGUUAACACAUAGGCUUGCUCGUCUCGAAACUCUUCUCGCAUACAGCCAGAAAACUGUUGAUGGUCUCCGACGUAAACAAAGAGAUUUGGACGACGUGAUAGCUGAGCAUGAUGAAGAGAUGAGUCGUGUUCAGGCAGAACUUGUCACGCUUCGAGAAGAGAAUGCUCGUUUACGAGAGUCUACUGGUAUUACGACUGCUGCCUCAACUGACCUAAAGACCAGUCUAUCUCGACCAGACUCUCGCACGCAACCUUCAAAUUGCACACCUGAUGAAAAUAAUCAAGAUGAUGGUGAAUCAGACAAAGCUGAAGACAAAGCAGCAGAUGAGAUGGUGAUGGUGUCAAGUCCCGAAAUGGAUGCUGAAACGAGUGAUGGUCAAACGAGUGCAAAACGAGCGAAGUUGGACUCGUCAAAUACGGAAUGCCAAGAAGAGGUGAUCUUAGUGUCUAGUCCUGAACAUGAAUGUGAACCUGAUGAAGUGAGUGUAAUUUCUUCAAGUCAUGAUGAUAACAUUGCUAACGAUAACGAUCACGACGGUAAUGAUAAUGAAGAUGAUACCAAUAUUCAUCAUGCUAAUAUUUCUGACGAAAGUGAUUAG